CACAGCGAGUGGGUUCUGCAGCGGACUGAGUCGCUCGCGUCCGAGAUGUUUGCGCCCGAGGCCGGUGAGAAGACCAAGUACGUCAUGUCGGCGCGCGGUGACUCGCUUUGGUCGGCAAGAUGUACGCCGAGGCCGACCUCGUCGACGAGAGCAACGCCGAGGACGAGUUCGAUGAGGUCAUGGCCACCGGCGCUGUCGGAUGGAAGCACGUGGCCGACAUCCGGGUCGAGUUUGAUGACGCCUCGGGCUCGCACGGCGAAUUCAAGGCGGCUGCCGUGGACGAGUCGGACGACGCCGGCUUUGUCACCCUCUUUGCCUUCGACUUUGCACCCAUGUCGCGCGACGUGCCGACGCCCAUCUCGCAGGGCGCGUACGCCCCGGACAGAGUCUACGAGUUUGCCUUCCACUCGGGCACGACCUUUACCCUCACCACGGUCGGCAUCGACGCCGACUCGGGCGACUACGUCCUCACCACCUUUUCGGGCGCAAAGACCGUCGACGAGAAGGAGGAGCCCUCGUUCCUCUCCAAGUACGGCACCAUGAUCUUUAUGGUUGCCUUCCUCCUCGGCCGCCCCAUCCUCACCAAGUGGCUCGGCGCCCGCCAGCGUGCCAACCUCAAGGACGACUCCGCUGACGGCUCUGAUGCCGCCACAAACGCCGAGUAAACACAGCGCUGCGGCUACUUUAC